GUUGCCUUUUUCACACGUACUCGCGCGUGUUCUGACGCAGCAUUGUAUAACGAUUUAUUCAAUGGCAGUGGGAAUAUUGUACACUACAUUUUAAUACUCUGAUCAGUGACUAAAUAUAUGUAAGCCGGUGCAAAGUAUAUUUAACACAGUACGUUUAGAUUAUGGAUAGUUCAGUAAAUGGACAGCGAACACAGUUGAAUAAAUAAACGUAAUCACGGCUGACUAGAAUUACAUCCUGUCUAAAUGUUAAGCAACAUAUGGCAGGGAAACGUAGGCUGUGCACAGAAGCAACUGUUAGCACAGCUUAAAAUGUACAAAUAAUAAAAAAACUCAUCAAUGAGGUUGUAGAAAAUCGCAUUCAAAAAACUUAAAUCAGUUAUGAGCAUGAAAAGUAAUAAAGUGUAACGAUCACUCUAUAGACACAGUUAAAAUAAAGGUAGGAGGGGUGAGGUAUUUAGUACGAUAUGCUGACUAAUUACGGUAUUUAUUUGCAGAGUCUAUGCAUGUCAGUUAAACAGUAAAAUACCGCAAAACCACUGCAUUAUAACCAACCUUUAUUAGGAUAAAAAGUAGGCUAUAUUAUAAUGAUAACGUCAUUGAUUACUUUAUAUAUAUAUAGACCAUAUACUAUACCAACGUCGGGCUAUAUACUUACUCACCAUAUCCAGCUGGAGAACUAUAGCAAGCUGUUGUAGGAUCGUAAUGUAAUAAUUGGUUUUGUAUUAUUUGUUAAAAACUGCACUUCAAAAGUUGUACGAGCUUGGUUGGGCUUUGUAUCGGAUUAACGGAAAUUAGAUUUUAACGCACUUCCUUUAUCACACAGUAAAUGAUGCCUAUAUACCAACUGAACUGUGUGUUAUUAUUUAGUUUAUUGUGUUCGCGUCUACUUAUACUAAUUCCAAGAAUCGUGCUGGUUUAACUGUCAUAGGGAAACACUAUGCCUGCAAUAUCUGGAGCAGCCAUUGCUGGUAUAGUUAUUGUUAGUGCAUUGGGCAUUGCUUUGCUUGUAUGGGGAAUAUACUACAUCAUACAAAAAAGAAAACGAGAUGCAGCGUACCUGGAUCGCUGUGGGAGACUUUGGAAUAAGUAUGGCAACCGAGACCGUCCGGAGAUGAUGCCUAAGUAUCCCUAUGCCGGUGCAACCUUUGUACGCACCCCUGUACCUGGUCAACAGUUUACUUCUCGAGAACUUAAAUCAUCGAUGGGCACCUCUCAAGAGUUUGUUCUUCCACAGCGUAAAACAGCGGAGGGUGCAGACGAUGCAGAUAACAAGAACCUGUCGAUGUACGCACCAAUUGACCCCGACUUAAUCAAUCCACGCCUUUAUUCAAAUGACUUCACGGCACAGCAGGACUCACAUUCAAGCAAACGACCACCACAAGUUUUCUUUUCGAUUGAAUUUGAUAAAAACUUCAAUAUAUUAAAAAUAUUUGUAAAUCAGGCAAGAUAUCUGAAACCAAGAACUUAUACUAGUAUGUGUGAUCCUUACUGUACGGUCAACUUGCUACCUGGUCACACAGAGAAGCAAAGCCAGGUCAUGCGCCGAACCAUGGAUCCUUUGUUUCAAGAACAUUUUUCUUUCGGUGUACCAAUUCAAGAGCUACCGAAAAAAAAACUACAAAUAAAGUUUUUCAAUUAUGACCAGUUCUCACGUGAUGAAUUCACGGGCAUUGUGGAACAAAAAUUGGAUGAAAUCAACCUUGAUGCUAAAGUCGAUUUGUGGCGAAAAAUACAAAACGUCGAUGAAACAGAAAAUAAAUCCACAAAGAACGGAGACAUUCUAUUAAGAUUGGGAUACCUUCCAAGUGCAGAAAAGUUAACCGUUGUGCUGUUAAAGGCUCGGAAUCUAUUAGAAAGUCGACCAGAAAAAGAAGCAAGACUACCCGAUCCUUAUAUACGAGUCACAGUAUGGCAUGAUGGUAACAUUCUUAAAAAGAAAAAAACUUCUACGAAACGUCGAACAUGCAACCCGACUUACAACCAAGCAAUAAACUUUGCUGUUCCCUUGGACGUUUUACCACAGGUGGAAAUACAAUUUCAUGUCGUCAAUGAAAUUGGGGUUAAGUUAAACCGCGCAGAAAGGAAGGAAGCGAUCGGUUAUCUUGAAAUCGGUCCACAUUCCAAUGGUGAUGAAUUUGAACACUGGAGGGAUUUAAUGAGUAAUAAACCUCAAGCACGUUGGCAUCAUUUAGUAGAUAUCACAGAUGUUGAUAUUAAACCAACUGGAAGUUCUAUAUCUCAUCUUGAUUUGGAUUCUGGAAUUUCACAAGAUAAGCUGUGACUUUAAUAGAAAAAUAAUCUUGUUUCGUUACCAACCCCCAUCGUAGGCUAUAUAUUCUAGAAUGCACAACUAUAUACGUAAUAAAAGGUUGUACUACAUA